AUUUUUGGGAUUAUUCAAAUAGGACUGAGUACCCAUCCUAGACAGGUCCACCACAAGCAUCUGUCAAUCUCCGCACCCUAUUUUGCGCAUGUCGAUGAGCUCUCGAGCCCCCCAACUUAUUGUCUGUCAGUGUUAGAACCAUUUACUUUAACACUAGAAAUCGAACGGACAUAGACGAUGCCGCCAGACGCCCCAGAUUCCCUGCCGAGUGUCCGCUGGCGUCCCUCUCUUACGCGUUGGUGGAGACGGCUCAUCAAGUCGCUGACUGAAACGUACGAUAUUCCACCGCCUCCACGGAUUCAACGUCAAAAAUCGGAGGCCCCAGACCGCGGAGCAUCUUCAAGCAGACAAUCUGUGCACUCAACGAGCAGUGAACAUUCAAAAUAUAACGAGGGGCUGGGGAAAGGAGGACUGCAUGGACAGGCGAGGUCGAACGGAUCCCUCGGGGAAACGUCGGGUAAGGCCCCGAUAGCCACACGAGAGUAUGGGGAUGAAGCGUACCUUGCGCCAGACCCUACGGGACGUCAUCUUGUCGAUGAGGAGAAGGGCGAAGAUGAAGACCACUUCUUUGAUGAAGAAGAUUUCGGGGAUGGCUUCGGUGAUGAGGAUGUUGGCAAGUUCAUGCACCCGAUCUCAUUCCAAUUCAAAAACCCGCGAGCCGAGGAAGACUUUUUUCGGACACAUCUACUGCCCAAUCGAAUUGUACAUCUACGAUUGCUGGCGGCUCUGCAGCUCCUGCAGUAUGGAGUUAUCCUUUUCCCAACGUAUUCGGGGUGGUUGCCACCAAGAGCUAACCCGCCGACCGAAGGGCUGACGCCACAUCGAUUUGGACCGGCAUACAUCACUGUAUGGGUAGUUCAAGCGCUUUUAUGGAGUUUCCUUCUUACGGCCUGUCUAUGGAAACGGGGAAAGAUUUACAUCUCCCUGUGUUUACGCUCCACAACAUGGCGAUAUGUGUUGACAAUCUUGGAGGUAUUUGCCGUGGGGCUGGCGGCAUCGUGGGACUUUUUUCUGUCCGAAAACCCAGAAGAUCCUGUUGGACCACUUUCCACCGUCCCCAUAUGCUACUAUGCCAUUUCGAGCGGCUUUGCAGCAACUUAUCGACAAGGCGUGGCUGGAUUGUUGUUCGUGGCGAUAGUCUGCUCGACGAAGUUUGCUCUGGUGCUUGCGAAAGAUUCCGAUGUCUAUGUUCCAUCGGUGAUAUACGCAGUGCCGUUGCUGGUGACCAUCAUAAUAUCGCGGGGAUUAAUCUUGGACGGAGAUAAACAGCGGCGCAUAAGUUACAUAAAGUAUCGAGUGGUAGAAGAGCGAUUGGCACAAAUGAGAGUGGAGCGCAUGAAGACGGACUACCUGCUUUCUCUUUCCCUACCAAAAACGAUCGUUACUACGUUGCGGGAGGUUGGGGCGACGAACUUCGAUCUGAUUGCGACCCGCAUUCCUGACGCCACGGUUAUGUUUGGGGACUUGAAAAACUUCAAGGAAGUGGCGUCUACUCUCGGCUCCACGAAGGAAGCCCUUACCCUCCUCAACGGCAUUUUCCAGUACAUGGACGAAGCCAUCGAAGAGUACAGCGACUUGACAAAGAUCAAGACUAUCUCCACGAAAAUUCUCUUUGUCGGAGGACUUGGUGGAAGUACGACCCAUACCGUGCAGGUGCGCUUGAUAACUUUCAAUUGACAGCCAAAAGAAGAUCCUGUUCGGCAUCACACUUGCCAAUCUUUUCCUCUUACAAUAGAUGGUCGACAUGGCCGUUCAACUCAGGGACUACUUCAGCGAGGAGCAAAUCUACAGUAUAGGAGACGAUCAAGUACCAAUAAAAUUGAACAUAGAGUUUGGUAUAGCAACCGGUGCGUCAUUCAUUUCUUGGAAGGAACAGAUCUUUUUCCGUUCGCGGCUGAUCGUUGUUUCCGAACAUUUUGCAUAACAGGUCCUUUGGUAGCCGG